AUGGCUAGCUCAAUCUGCAUUUCUUCUCCGAAGAAACUCGUUUUAUUCCUCAACAUAUCCUUUCUUAUUCUUCUUUUAUGUCUCUGUCUGACAACUACUAAUUAUCUCCAUCCCAACAAUCACAUCUCAACCUUACCAAUCCAGUCCACUAUUCUUCAAGAGAUCAUAGUUAAUGAUGGCUGCAGUAAUCUCCAUGAAUACUCAGAUUCUGAAGCCAAGUGUUUGUAUGUCAAAACCCAAAUAGGUUGCAGAGCUGAUGGUUAUCUAAACUAUCUCCAACUCUUUUACUGCAAUUUUGGCAAGUUCCCUAUUGUAGCCCAUAUCGCGGUUCUAUUUUGGCUUCUCGUUUUGUUUUACCUACUGGGGAACACAGCUGCCAAUUACUUCUGCUCUUCCUUAGAGAGCUUGUCGAAAAUCUUGAAGCUCUCACCCACCAUUGCUGGAGUCACCCUCCUCUCGCUCGGAAAUGGCGCCCCGGAUGUCUUUUCUAGCAUCGUUUCAUUCACCGGAUCAGGCGAUGGAAAUGUCGGCCUAAACAGUGUGUUGGGGGGAGCCUUCUUCGUGUCCAGCAUUGUGGUAGGUGUUAUUAGCAUACUCAUUAGCCCUAAACAAGUUUCAGUUGACGAGUCCAGCUUCAUAAGAGAUGUCAUCUUUUUCUUAUUCUCUCUAUCCUCUCUACUUGUCAUCAUAUCAAUAGGAAGAAUCAACUUGUGGGGUUCCAUUGCUUUUGUUACUAUUUACUUUGUCUAUGUCGGCUCAGUUUCAGCCACACAGAUAUACAAAGUUAGGAAGUUGGAGAAACAGCAACUAUUGGUUCUGGGAGAUGCUAGCACUAGUCCACUAUUGAGGCAUGUCGACGAAGAAAAAGCACUUGUCUCUGUUCAUUAUAAUGUCCAUGAUGAUCAAGAACAGCAACGAUAUUCGUCUUUUUGUUUCUUGGGGUAUCUAUUGGAGCUGCCUCUGUCGUUGCCUCGAAGAUUGACCAUACCGGUUGUGAGCGAGGAAAUGUGGUCCAAGCCAUUUGCAGUUAUUUCUGUGACUUUGGCACCAAUUUUACUCGCUGUUCUUUUCAACACACACAGUGAAAAUGUGGGUUCGAGAACUAAAUUAGCGGUUUACAUAACAGCAGCUAUUAUUGGUUUGGUUUUGGCUACUCUUGUUUAUUUCACCACUAGAAUGUCAGGGCCGCCGAACAGUAACAUGCACCUGUUCCCUUUGCUUGUGGGAGGGUUUGUGAUGAGUGUAGCCUGGACUUAUCUCACAGCUGAAGAACUAGUGUCUCUGUUAGAAUCGUAUGGGAAUAUAUUGGGGAUAAGUCCUUCCAUUCUGGGACUUACUAUUCUGGCUUGGGGUAACUCCCUGGGAGAUUUGAUAGCUAAUGUGGCCCUGGCGCUUCACGGUGGGGCAGACGGAGCUCAGAUUGCGAUUACGGGCUGCUAUGCCGGGCCGAUGUUCAACACGCUAGUGGGAGUGGGGCUCUCACUGGUUUUGUCAGCUUGGUCAGAGUACCCAUCCUCAUACGUCAUUGCAAUUGAUCAUUCUCUGUAUGAGACACUGGCGUUUCUAAUGGGUGGGUUGCUCUGGGCGCUUGUCAUGUUGCCGAACAAGAACAUGAAGCUGGAUCGUUAUAUGGGGAGUGGCCUCGUCGCGAUCUACUUGUGUUUUCUGUCUCUCAAGCUAGCCAUGCUCCUGCUCUGAGCAUAUUUGUAUGCAUGUAAAUUAUUAAUGCAGCACUACAAAGUUACG